AUGCGGCGCCAAGAGGCGGGUUGGAUAUGAAUAUGGCUGCAAGUUAAGCGCUGGAUCAGGGGGCGCGACCAAUAACCACUCCUCUUCUUGAUCCGGAGAGGAGCUUCCGUCUGGCUUUCCGGGGUGAAGGAGGCAGCUCCUGGAAAGGAACAUGAUCCCUUAACAUCUCUUCAGCUGAAAACUGUUUUAUAUCUUCUCUGUUUGCCAGGUAACUGCUAAACACAGUAUGUCGGUAAACCAUUUCUUUGGAAAUAAGAAGAGAAACAGCUCCAUAUUAUAUGGUGUGGAUCAGGCAAAAAUUAUUGCUUCAUCUUCAUCUUUCCAGGGAGCUACAAGCCGAAAUAAUAUUGGAAAUCAUGGAGAUGGCUUUCCACCAAACAAGCGUCACAGAAGUCUUGCUGCUCCUGAGCAUAAGGAAAUGGAAGAUCCUUUUGGGGAUGAUGGUGACUUUACAGUAGAUGAUUUGGAAGAGAUAGACGUUAUUGCUUCCCAGGCAUUGACACAAGAUGUUUCUUUGAAAACAUGUGUAGUGCAAGCUGAGCGGAAAGCAGGGCCAUCUUCCCCAUUGAACAGUGGUACCAAAACAUCUGAUCAUGUUAAGCAAUGGAAUCUUCCUCUCACAACUGCCAGAACAUCUUCAGGCCGACUCGGAAGUUGCACAGAUGAAACCUCAUCUAAAGACAAAUUUAGAUUCGAAACACUUCAAGCACAAUAUGAGGAAGCUAAGAAGAAGCUGAAAGAAAUGAACGAUGAAAUCCUCAUUAAAAAUGGAGAAAUCAAAGUUUUACGGGACUCAAUGCAGCAGAUGGAAUCUAACGUGGACGAACAGCGAAAAUCAUACAUCUUACUGGAAAAGGAGAGAGCACAAACUUUGAGUGAGAAAGAAAAGGAAUUUGCCAGAAAGUUACAGUCUCUUCAGUCUGAACUACAGUUCAGAGAUGCUGAAAUGAAUGAGCUGCGGAUGAGGCUUUUGAACUGUGAAAAACUUAAACCUGUUACUCCUUCAGUUUCAAAUAUCAGCCCUAAGAAGAGUCGCCCUCACAUUAUAGAAAUUGAAGGAUUGACUCAGAAUGAUAAAAAAUAUCCCACGAAAGAGUCUUUUGGAUCAGAUAUUCCACCAAAAGCAUCCUGCUCUAGAACCCAAUUGCUUGGCCAAACUCCUUUGAUUAAUAAGGACAGCAAGAUGCCUGAGCUUGAGUCUGAGCUUGUGAAGCAAGAGAUGAGUUGUGUCUAUGCCCAGAGACAAGGUUCCAUUUUGAUAAAUGCACUGAUGAAGCAGCCUAUUGUUGCAGGAUCGUCAUUAGGACUCUGUUCUCUUCUUAGCAGCAGUGAUCAAGCUUGGCCUGGGCCUGUCUUGCAACCCAGUUCUUUCAGCACAGGAUCUACAAGAAGCCUCAGCAACAGGACUACAGAUUCUCAAGAAGAAGAUACUUUGUUGAGAAUUGCUCAAAAACGUGCCUUAACUGGGUUGAACUUGAUUGCUAUUGAUGAAGGAUCAUUGGAAGACAGUUCAGAAGAAAACAAGAGAAGUAUAUCACACCUGAAGUGCUAUAAAAUUCCUGGGGCAGUCCAUUUCCUGCCUCUUUUGGAACAUCACAUUUCUUCCUACUACCAGGCUCUCCAGUUAAUGAUGAAGAUUGGAAAUGCUUCUUCUGGGAACCAGUCAGCUUGUUCUUCCAGAACUUCCUCAAAUGCAACAUCAAGUGCAGAUGAUUUACUAUCUACCUUAGAAGAGUUUGCACUCGCAUCUCUGGGCAUUCUUUAUUACUUGGUAUUUUAUAGCUGGGAUGUUGUUUAUACCCUGCUCUCCCUACCUGUGAAACCACAUUGUGAUUUGGGAGAUACAGAACUGCUGGAGAAGGACAAGGCUGUUGUUUGUGAUAAGCAGUAUCGAGCCAACCAACAGGAACCCAAUCCAGAACUAGAUGUUUCUAAUGACGACCAAAACCAACAUCCUUUAUUUAAAAAGCUGCUGCAGCUCUUGACUUUAUGUACAGCAACAGGGUGUCAAAGACAGAACAUCAUGAAUCAGUGCCUCAGAGUUUUGGUGAAAUUAGCUGAAAAGCCAUCGGUUGACUUACUAAUAAGCUUCCAGCACUUGUUGAAUAGCCAAACGCAGACUUUGCUCCGCUGCCUAUCUUCAGAAGCUCCUUUCUUUGCUGUACAUUUAACUGUAAAGCUGUUAACGUCGCUUGCUGAGCACCAGGAACUAGCUGCUCAGUUUUGUUCCUGUUCAGAAACCUGUCUCCUCUUGGCAGUGUACAUGUAUAUCACUUCACGACCAGAUAAAUCUGCAUCAGAGAUGCUUUGGCUUCAGGUGGAACAAGAGACUGUUCAUUUCUUGACCAAGUGUAUGCAGUGUGGCCAUCUUUCUGCUUUACUUGUUGGAACAAAUUGCCAAUGCAACUCUGAGGUGGUGAAGGCGCUUAUAAUAAUGUUACAUAGACAAUGGUUGACAGUCAGAAGGGUGGAAAGAAACUUGUUUGAUGCUCGUGGGAAAAGAGUUGUUCAAUUUUUACGGGACACUGUUUUGCUCUUGCACAGUCUGUCUCAGAAAGAUAAACUCUUCCAUGAACAUUGCUUGGAGGUGCUGCAUCAGUAUGAUGAUGUUAUGCCUGGGGUCAGAGCUAUCCUCAAAAAAGUUCCAAAUCUGAAAGCCUAUGAAGAACUUGCAGUGGAUGAACUAUAUCCUUUGGAGCCAGAAGUCGAUGAUCAACAAAUGGAAUGCAGCUAAUCUUGAUCCAAUAAUAUAUUGAUUUUACUUUCCAGUAAAGAAUAAUUCCUGUAACAUACAUCAAAUGCAACUUUAAAAAAAGAAACUGAAAUCCUUGCAGGUUAAAAUGUAAAACUGACAAAUGAGCAGGUGCCAAAAACUCAUGAUCCAAGCAGUAUAUUGGAUUUCUUAUUCUUUUAUUGAAUGAAUUUCCAGGCAAACAUAGGAUGAUAAAAUACUGAUAUCUGAAGAAUGUGACAGUAAAAAUAAUGAUAUAUUAAAAAGCUCAGUUUCUAUGUUUAUGAAAGGACUACUUUGCACAAUACUGUAUCUGGAAUGUUACUCUUGCUGGAUCGCAAAAUACUGUGGGAACUUGCUGUUUAAUUUGAACUGCUUUAAAUGUAUAUAAUCUAUGAUUUAAUAAAGAUCCGGUCUGUUGUUUUUUUUA